GACUCCGCUGGGUCAAGACGGAUGGGCGGAGUGAAGACGGUGAAUCUCUCCACCAAUGCGUCUGAAACUAAAGAGUCCUUCCUCUGAGGCAUCGGCAAGGUCUGCUUCCUCACAGGAGGAGAUCUGCUGUGGACACGGAGCAGCACAAAGAGCAACACAAGCGUUUCUACACCGCAAAUGACACAACAUGUCGCAGGCUUUACCACGGGAUAGGAGAAACAGAACUUCCACAAAUCCUGGGACUGAAUGCAGAUUUUUUUAACUGAAUGGAGAUACAGAAGAAAAUUAAGUCAGACUCAUAAGGAGGGAUCUUGGCUCCUGCAGCAAUCCCCCCUGCAGGGGUGAGCUCUUUUGGCUGGCUCGGCACUUCCUUAGCAGAGGGGCUGCUGGCAGGAGCAACAUCUGAACAGGUAACACAAACAAACAGGUCAUGAAGCCUCAAGAGGCAGAGCUCGUCACUGAAAUCUCAAAGUUACAAUGCAUGGUCACAGAGCUGAAAACGGGCUUUACCAGCGCCUUGCUGGAGCUCAGUCAGAUCCAGCACGGAGACUCGCACCUGAGGGAGGAACUGGAGGAGAACAGGAGGAGCUGUCAGAAGAAGGCUUUCCGCUUGGAGACUCUGGUGGAGGCGCUGAGGGAAGAACUGGGAGUGCUGAGGUGUCAAAUCGUGCAGCUGUACAGCAAGAGACGCGGGCCUGAGCCGGAUGGAAAGAGCUCCACGUCCAAACCGAGAGAAAGCCUUCCAGCAGAGCCGGUCGGUGACCAGAGUGUGUGCGAGUGUCCGGGCCCUCCACCAGCCAGCCUCUCCAGAGGGAAACUGCUCCUUCACUGCUUCCUUCAGGGUCUGAAAGCUGGGCUGAGUGAAGGAACAGAUGCUCGACAUCAGGUGGCCAUGCAGCUCCUGCACUCUGAGUGGGAAUAUGUGUCCACCCUGAAGCAGCUGUGCGACAAGUACAAAACACCCCCGGCUCACCAGAUGACCGCGGAGCCAUAUCAGACGUACGUGGGCUUCGUGGAGCAGCUCCUGCAGCGACACGUGCUCUUCAGGAACACCCUGCAGGAGAGGCUAUCUGCUGAGCACUGGAAAUCUCUGGUCGGAGACAUCCUGGUGCAGCUCAUUGGCCAAAACGACACAGCUUUUUCAGAUAUGUACCUCGGAUACACGACCACCCUGGCAUCCUUCCUCUCGCUCGAGUUCAACAGGCCGGACGAGCAAGGCAGGAGUCACCGAGCGCAGAGGGCCCAGACGGAGAGAGAGGAAAUAAAACUGCUCUCUUUGCUGCUGGCUCCCGUCGCUCGCAUCCACAGCUACCUGAGUCACAUUCAGAACCUGUUGCAGUGGACCGGUAAGGAUCACCCUGACUGCAGCCUCCUGCUGGGGUCCGAGCGAGCUCUGCGCAGCGUUUUGUCCCGUUGCCAUGUGAUCUUGGAGGAGGAUGUUCGAUGGGAGGAAGACGAAGGAGCGGGGCAGAGGUCAGAAAGCAUAACCGAAGAGGGGCUUGCACAUGAAGAUUUUUAUUUAUUUUUUAUGUUGUUGCUCUGUUGAAAAGCUGACGUACAUCAUGGCAUGGAUUUCAUUUUGGGUUGUUUCUAAGGAGGAAUGAUCCCACGGCGUAUUUCUUGAAACUACAACAGGGAGCACAAGCCUGAAUUUGUUGUGGAUUUUC